UUUGGGCUUUAAAAUGUAAUAUCACCAAAAAUAUCAGCGAUAAACGGAUGUAAAAUAGUGUAAAGGUUAUGUGUGUGUUCACAGUUUAUUCAGUGCGUGAAGCGUGAACCAACAUUUUAUAGGACAAUGUGCCAAUACCCUCCAUUUUAACGUCUGUAUUUAAUUUGAGUAGAGAUUUAUGACAGGGGAUGAUUUUAAUGGAAAGUAAUGAUUUAAUUGCAUUUUAAAAUAGGCAAGUUAGUGUCAUUUACCUGUGUGUAUGUAUUUAACGCGGCUGUGAUGUAAUAGACAACACCAUGUAUUUCGAAAGUACGGUAUUUUAAAAAUAGGUCGAAUUUUGAGAAUGUGGAGUACACACUUAUAAUGCCGUACCUUUUUAAGUAAAACGAACACUUGCCUCAUUCCGAACUAUUACCAUUACAUUAAAUGGAGAAAUUUUAAUGGAAGGAAAGACAAUAGAAAUUAAUUCUAAAAUAAGUUGAUUAUGGCUAAUGCAACCAUUGAAAAUGAGGCAGAUUCAGGAAUCUCAGCGACACCAACAUCUGCAGCUUCUCAACAGGAAGAAGACUCAGAAGCAAAUGAUGCAGAAAAAGUGACAGGUUCAAAUUCAAACUAUGAUUCGAGUGAUACAAAUUUUAAAUUUAAUAAUUGUGAUUUUGAGACUGCAAACAAAACUUCUUUGACAGCACACACAAAUAAGGCCCACAAGAGAGACGUAGGAGGAAACGAAGUCAAAAUGGAAACCGAAAACAACAACCCCCCGCCUGACAGAGUGCUGAGGAAAAUGUUUGAAUGUGAUGUCUGUAACAUGAAAUUCUCAAAUGGCGCUAAUAUGCGAAGACACAAGAUGAGGCAUACAGGCGUGAAACCCUACGAAUGUCGGGUUUGUCAAAAAAGAUUCUUUAGGAAAGAUCAUUUGGCAGAACACUUUACAACACAUACGAAAACGUUACCAUAUCAUUGUCCUAUCUGUGACCGGGGCUUCCAACGACAAAUCGCGAUGCGAGCUCAUUUUCAGAAUGAACAUGUAGGUCAGCAUGAUCUUAUUAAGUCUUGCCCUGUGUGUAGCUUCAGAGCAUGCAGUAUGAAAAGCUUGCGGAUGCAUUUUCUUAACAGACACGGUAUCGACUUGGAUAACCCCGGACCAGCAGGCUCUUCGGCAUCGUUGUUGGUUUCCGCGGCUCAACAAGGUUAUUCUAUCGACGGUAGCACUCUAACGUCUUUAGGAAACCUCUCUAGCGGUUUAUCUGUCAGUGUUGCUAAUUAUAGUGACUCUGGUGAUUCCACGGGUGCCCGUAGUACUGAUAACGCCACACCCCCUAUGCAUUUUUUGACUCCGCAUGUGGAAAUUUCGAUGACCGACGCUCCCGCACAUGUUUUCUCACCAACAUUGAGUGAAAAUCAGCACUCUCAACCAGGCCAAAGUACCGAAUCUGGACAACAUAUGAACGGCGACUGCCCUGCAUCUCCCCAAUCAGCCGAUUCUAAUUCAAAUGCUCCAUCGAGCAGUCACAUACAAUCAAGUUCCCUAAGAAUCGACCAAGAGACCAGUAUAACCCCUUCUAUUUCACUUAUUCCUAUUAAACAGGAACCAAAUGAGGAAACUUAUGACAUUGGUAAAAGAAAUGACAAUGCCAAUUCGACUUCUUCUUCAGGAGCUGUUACCAUGCAAUCAGCCACUUCUACCAGUCUUAGUUCGUUAAUAAAAGUUUCACCCCUAAAAAGUUUGCUCAGGGAAGACUUGAAAAGAAAAAUUGGUAGUAGAAGUGGUUCUAGAGGAAGAUCACCCAAUCCAAAUUCAGAAAAUUCAUCCAAUGAUCCUGGCACAACCACCAACGGGACUAUUACGUCAACCGGCCCCGAACAACCUUCAGAUUCAUCCAUGUGGAGGAUUAAUGGUAAAAGAUCAUUGUCAAAUUUACAGUGCGUGUUCUGUGGUAUAGGAUUCCCCGAUCAGACGUUGUAUUUCCUUCAUAAGGGUUGCCAUUCAGAUGCCAACCCUUGGAAGUGCAACAUCUGCGGGGAACAGUGCUGCAAUGUGUACGAAUUUAAUUCGCACCUGUUGAGCAAAAGUCACCAAUAGCAAUUAAAUUUUACAAAAAGAAGAAGAAAAUGCAAAAGAAAUUAGACGGUUCAGUAACAACUCUUGAGAAUGUUAUUUUUUGAUAGAGGUUCAAUUCAUAAGGAGGCAAUGGGCAGUAUAUUUAGUUUGGUUUACUUACAAUUUAAUGUUACAAUUUUGCACUCACUAAAAAGUGUUACAUUGUAACUGAACUUUCAAUUCGAUCGAAAAAUUAUUAACUGAUCGAUAUAUUUUCUUAUAAAUUUAUCGAUGAACUUAAGCAAUAACUAAAAACGAAUAUUUUAUAUCACUUGCGGGUUAAUGUUAUAUAUAUUUAAAUUUUAAGAUAGAUAUUUUAGAUUGCGUGAGCGUUUAUAUAGAAAACUUAAUCGUACUAUUUUCCUUUUUAAAAAUGUGAUUAAUACAUUCCAAAAUGUUCAUUUUAUUAUAUAACAAAAAAUAUCGUGUGUAAUUUCAUUCUAAUUUUUUAAAAUUUGUUUUAUUAAUUAAGGGUACCGAUAUUAAUUGCUCAUGUAAAAUCUGAUAUUAAAAAAAUCUUCCAGUAAUUCCAGUGGGUAAUUGUGCCUUUACUGAAUUUUUGAAAAUGUGUACAAGUGCCUAGACCAGAUAAAUGUUGUUAUUAAGCAACUAUAUAUGAUAUACCAUGUUGUGCUAAAACUAUUCCGUCCAAUUUGAAUUGUUAGGAGUUUUAUUUUGUUAAAUGAAAAUUUGUAUACAAUCUAUUUAUAAAAUAUUAGGGAAUUGACGAAUUGCUCGAGUACAAAAGUAUACUCACAUUUGUAUGACCUGUAAAAAAUAAGUCUACGUUAGGAAAAAAUAUUUAAGUUAUCCUAUUGUCCUUUUUCAAUAUUCCACAAUGUUAAGUGACGGUAGACAAGAGUAUUUACGUUAACGAUUAUGAGUAACAAUUUGUUUGUCAUUUGGAUAUCUUUUAGCGUUCGGUUAUCAUACUGGGGAAGAAAUGAGUUUUUUUUACAAGUUUGACAAAUGUAAUGCUGUUACAUCCCGUUGUUGUUGUAGUAUGUAUACAUAAUAAAUAUAUUGUUUGUUUAA